AUGUCCGACGAAGAACAUCAAGAAAACAAUGGUGCUGCACCAGAAGAACAAAGAAAAAACGGCGGUGGAGAUGAGGGCGACGCAUGGGGUGCUCAAGGGUCUUCAGAUAAGACUCGCUACGCUAAAAUGCCUACAGACAGGAAUGCCCCAUAUUACAACAUGAAUCAUAAGAACCGCGGUAUGGCGUUAAUUUUCAACCACGAACAUUUCGACAUCCACAGUCUAAAAUCUCGUACAGGCACAAACGUAGACAGUGACAAUUUGUCUAAAGUUCUCAAAGGCCUGGGAUUCCGUGUCACCGUUUUUCAUAAUCUCAAAUCUGAAGAAAUUAACAAGUAUAUCCAACAGACUGCCGACAUGGAUCAUUCUGAUUCGGAUUGUUUGCUGAUUGCCGUUCUUACUCAUGGUGAAAUGGGUAUGUUAUAUGCUAAGGAUACCCACUACAAACCAGACAAUUUGUGGUAUUACUUUACUGCCGAUAAAUGUCCUUCUUUAGCAGGCAAACCAAAACUAUUUUUCAUUCAAGCUUGUCAAGGUGACAAAUUGGAUGGUGGAAUUACUCUGAUCAACCGUACUGAAACCGAUGGAUCGUCUAGCACUCAGUAUAGGAUUCCUGUUCAUGCUGACUUCUUGAUAGUAUUUUCUACAGUACCUGGAUACUUUUCUUGGAGGAAUACAACUCGAGGUUCUUGGUUUAUGCAAGCUCUCUGUGAUGAACUACGCUACUCAGGCACUGAGAGGGACAUACUCACACUUUUGACAUUUGUUUGUCAAAAAGUAGCUUUAGAUUAUGAGUCAAACACUCCUGACAUGCUCACCAUGCAUCAACAAAAGCAAGUUCCUUGUUUGACUAGUAUGCUUACACGUUUACUUGUAUUUGGAAGGAAAUAA